AUGAGCAGCCUUGCUUCCUCCGAGACCGUCAACGGCAUUCUCAUUCCUUCGGCACUCCUGGUCGCCGGCACUUUUUUUGUCAAGCAGGAAUGGGUCCCUUACGCUGUCGCUGUCGCUGCAGUUCUCUCUGCGUUUAGGCUGCUCACAGCUACAAGCAGCCCUCGCAAAGUCCUCGACCCCAAGGAGUUCCAAGACUUCGUGCUCAAGGAGAAGAACCACAUCUCCCACAACGUCACCGUUUACCGCUUUUCCCUCCCACGCCCAACCGAUAUCUUGGGUCUCCCCAUCGGCCAGCACAUCUCCCUCCAGGCCCAGAUUGCUGGCAACCCAAACCCCGUCGUCCGCUCCUACACCCCCAUCUCGUCCGACAAUGAAGCCGGCUACUUUGACCUUCUUGUCAAGACCUACCCCCAGGGCAACAUUUCGAAGUAUCUGGACGAUCUGAAGGUCGGUCAGACCAUGAAGGUCCGCGGUCCCAAGGGUGCCAUGGUCUACACCCCCAACAUGGCUCGUCACAUCGGCAUGAUCUCCGGUGGUACUGGUAUUACGCCAAUGCUGCAAAUUAUCAAGGCUAUCAUCCGCGGCAGACCCCGAAACGGCGGCAACGACACUACCAAGAUCGAUCUCAUCUUCGCCAACGUCAACCCCGACGAUAUUCUUCUCAAAGAGGAAUUGGACAAGUUGGCGGCGGAGGAUGACAAGUUUAACAUCUACUAUGUUCUGAACAACCCACCAGAAGGAUGGAAGGGCGGUGUUGGAUUUGUCACAGGCGACAUGAUCAAGGAACACCUGCCCGCUCCAGCCGACGACAUCAAGAUUCUGCUCUGCGGACCUCCUCCCAUGGUCUCUGCUAUGAAGAAGGCCACCGAGGCUCUUGGAUAUAAAAAAGCCAGCCCCGUCAGCAAGCUCCACGACCAGGUCUUCGCUUUUUAG